GUCGAAAAUCUCGCGUCGAACCAUUCGAGCGGUUCUCGCGAUUCUCCCGACGCGUCCAUCGCACGGCAAGUUCCCGGUGAUCAUCAUCAACGAAGAGCUUUCGAUGAUCGCGGAAGUGCGCGACGACUAAGAUCGCAGCCGCCCGUCGAGGGUGGGUCCGACGUGCUAGACUGUGAGGAAGGAAAUACAAUUAUUGUCCGAGUCUGCGCUCCAUAUUGAUCCACGCUGGAGGCGGUAGCGGCAGUGACGACGCUGGUGACGAGGCUGGUGACGACGGCAGUGGUGACGGAGAUUGUGCUGUUUCUGGCGUUGAACAAGGCGGCGGUGGUGGUGCUGCUGUUGUCGGCGCUAUCGGCCCUGUACACGCUGGAACUCCAGUGGGACUCGCUCCCACUGUACGACGAGCCCAUCCAACAUGUAUUUCUGCUUGUAUAUCGCGCGGCUAUUCCUGAUCUCGGCGAUCCUGUGCGUCGGUUUGUGCUCCGAGGAUGAGGAGCGACUGGUGCGAGACUUGUUCCGAGGGUACAAUAAACUCAUUCGGCCCGUGCAGAACAUGACGGAGAAGGUACACGUGAGAUUCGGCCUCGCCUUCGUGCAACUGAUCAACGUGAACGAAAAGAACCAGAUUAUGAAGUCGAACGUAUGGCUGAGAUUCGUGUGGAUGGACUAUCAAUUGCAGUGGGACGAAGCGGAUUACGGCGGAAUCGGCGUCCUCAGGUUACCGCCCGACAAAGUGUGGAAACCGGACAUAGUACUGUUUAAUAACGCUGAUGGCAAUUACGAGGUCCGUUACAAGAGCAAUGUGCUCAUAUACCCGAACGGUGAGGUGCUCUGGGUGCCGCCAGCGAUCUAUCAGAGUUCAUGUACAAUCGACGUCACGUAUUUCCCGUUCGAUCAGCAGACGUGCAUCAUGAAGUUCGGUUCAUGGACCUUCAACGGUGAUCAGGUCUCCCUCGCGCUCUACAACGACAAGAAUUUUGUCGACCUGUCUGAUUACUGGAAGAGCGGCACGUGGGACAUCAUCAGCGUGCCGGCGUAUCUCAACACUUAUCAAGGUGAUUUCCCCACGGAGACCGACAUCACUUUCUACAUAAUUAUCCGCAGAAAGACGCUUUUCUACACAGUGAAUCUGAUACUGCCGACGGUUCUCAUCUCCUUCCUCUGCGUGCUCGUCUUCUACCUGCCGGCGGAGGCCGGCGAGAAGGUCACCUUGGGCAUUAGUAUUCUCCUAUCUCUGGUUGUGUUCCUCCUGCUGGUCAGCAAAAUCUUACCGCCGACCUCUCUGGUGCUGCCACUCAUAGCCAAAUACCUGCUCUUCACUUUUAUCAUGAACACCGUCAGUAUCCUCGUGACUGUGAUCAUCAUCAACUGGAAUUUCCGCGGGCCUCGGACCCACAGGAUGCCGCAACUCAUACGUAAGGUCUUCCUCAAGUAUCUACCGAGGAUCCUGAUGAUGAAACGACCGAAAAAGACACGACUGAGGUGGAUGAUGGAGAUACCAAACGUGACACUGCCAGCUUCCACAUACUCGGGAAGCCCGACCGAGGUGCCAAAGCUGCCGGCGAAGAAAAUGGAGGUGAUGGAGCUGUCGGACCUGCAUCAUCCUAACUGCAAGAUCAACCGCAAAGUGCAACAUACCACUAGCAGCUCGAGCGGUGCCGGAGGUGGUGAGGGCAUGGGCGACAGAAGAGGGUCCGAGAGUUCAGACUCGGUGCUGCUUAAUCCGGAAGCCAGCAAGGCUACUGAGGCCGUGGAGUUCAUAGCGGAGCAUCUUAGAAACGAGGACUUGUACAUACAGACGAGAGAAGACUGGAAAUACGUCGCGAUGGUGAUCGAUCGACUGCAACUUUACAUCUUCUUCCUGGUCACUAGUGCCGGCACCAUAGGGAUCUUAAUGGACGCGCCUCACAUUUUCGAGUACGUGGACCAGGACCGUAUCAUAGAGAUCUACCGUGGUAAAUAAUCCGCCUCGCCGCAGCGAGUCGCUGUUGCAAGCCAUGUGCCAUCGUCGCGAGAUAGCGCGUUCUCAUUUCGUCUCCCUCGAGAUCGAUUGCGCGUCAUCGUGCAAACAACCAUCACCUUUCCAAUCGCGGACGUUUAACGUUCCGUUCGACGGAUAAUCAUUUUUCUAUCAUCAGGAUCUUUUUACGAAUUUCCAUGCUAAGUAAUAGAUCUUUUUGACGAAUGUUUCCACUCGCCGUUCUUCCUUGCCGUUAUUUGCACAUUAUACGGUUCUUUCUCCCGAAAAGUUGGAUCCGUCAAAAUUCGAUGCGAUCGAAAUGGUACAUAAUUAUGUAGGUAGGGAUAAUUCCAUUAACGUUAAUCAUGGCUCUGUGCCUCUGUGAUUAUUGUUUCCCCGAUGCUAUUUAUCUUUCGAUUAUCUCACCGCGACACGCUUAACCCUUUGUGUGGCACAUUUUUUCUAUUUGACUGAAUUCCGUGAAAUCUUUAAUUUCUAUGUUAUUUGGGCCACUGAGAUUACUGAAGAAUCUGAAGUCAGAUUUCAAAAAUUUUAAAUGUCAGAUCCAAUAUGACUGCUAUAUAGGAGUAAAUUAGUGUAAGACUGAAUAAAUAUAAAUCAGAUACAC